AUGAUGCCUCGGAAGCGGCUGAGGCCAAAUCCGCCCUCUGCCUCAUCCACCGCCUCGUCCAGCUCCAAAUCGCCGCCGAAUGCCGAGAACCAACCAAGCUCGAUCCCGGAAUCUUCCAACGUAUCACAGGCCUCACAACACGAGAUGCCACCACCGCCUCCUCAAACCCAGAAGUCGACAGGGAGAGACAUCCCUGGGGCUGCCCAGAACUUAAGUAAACAGGUUCACAAAACUCGCAGUUGGUAUGGAUCAUGGCCACGAGUGCCCAAAUCUGCCCCGUCGACACAAGUUGCAAGAGAGAAUAUCCUUGGAGGAACCAUGAAAGCCGGAAGCACGCCCGAUUUUACGCGAUUCGAAACCGGACGGACGCCGACUUCGAGUCUUCACCGAUCUCCCUCCAGUGCAUCACUCGCCCCGUCCCAGCGCACCAUCACUAAGGCCCAAGAGACUUCGGAGACUGCCCAAGAGACUACAUCACAAGAGGACGUACCGAGCCGAACCGAUAGUAAAAUGGAUCUUGAAGAAGAUGACCAGAUUCACUCGAACGAACCUACAGUAGUCGCAGACGCGCCAUCGGCGCCCGACAACGAAGAACCCAACGCUACGAACGAAUCUAAACCCGAUAUCUUGAUUUCUCACUCGCAUUCCACAUCGUCUGGUUGGUUCACGUGGUUUGGUCGGUCGCCGGCACCUCCUUCCGAGUUACCACCUCAAGAAGCCACAGAAAUCACAGAGACAGCGAACGCGGAUGAGAGCGAUGUAAAAGAGGAAGAACAGCAAGGGUCGGAACAACCCGCAGACUCUACUCCUAUAGAGACUUCUGAACAGACUGGAGAGGUUCAGUCUGCCGACACCACUUUGGACCAAACUACUACGUCCACCAGCUACUGGUUCGGAUUCUGGUCAUCUUCAACCACCAUAUGGACGGGACCUACGCCCGAGGUUUUCCCCGCCACAGCAAGGGCACCUGUGGAGGAAGCUCCGGUGCCUCCAGCCUCCGAAGAUGUCGUCAUGACCGACGCAACGCCUCCGGAUUCCAAAGGUGACGAGGCAGGUCCAAAGGCGGAGCCUGAGCCGGUGAAGCCGCCCUCGGCAGGGUCGACGUGGGCGUUUUGGUCGCGAAACGGCCGCGCAAAAUCCCGAGGUACCACAAGUCAACCGGCGGAAGUGGGUGAGCUAGCUGUUAUUGGCGAAGGUUCUGAAUCGCAACCUCAGCCCGCGACCACUUCUGAGCUUGGCCAGCCGAAGCCAUCAGACGCUGCCGAGUCGAAAAAAAAGGUGGCAACACCCGCUACCCCUCGAGCAAAGAAUAAGAGGAACCGCCCGCAGUCGAUGGAUAUUGAUGUAGCCCCCAUCACCCCGACGACACCAGGCCCUCAGGACGGAAAGCCGACAAAGGGUGCCAAACAGGCAGCCGUAGCCACCGAUCAGGCCACACCUCCGUCUGCCACAACCCCCGCGAAGACUCCCUCGCAAGCCAAGGAGCCAUCUAUCGCUCCUCUCCCUCCGAACCUCCUACUUCCAUCCUUCCGGAGCACGUACAGUAUGAAAGGCAAUCCGUCAAUCAUGCGGCAGAUUACCGACUUCCUCCUACGGACAAGGCAACCCCCAGCAAACCACGUUUAUCGGGUAAAAGAGCCACCAAGGAUCAAGAAGGCGAUAUCGAUCGGGGUUCAUGGGCUGUUUCCGGCAGCCUAUCUGAAGGCUAUUAUCGGCCAGCCAACGGGAACGUCGAUUCGCUUUGCGAACCUUGGCGCGGAGGCCAUCCGGCGAUGGGCAGAGGCAAACGGGCAGUCGGAUUGUGUCAUCGAGACGGUGGCGCUCGAGGGUGAAGGGAAGAUUGCUGACCGGGUGAGCAAUCUGUGGACGCUGUUGCUCAACUGGAUUGACCAUCUACGAAACGCCGACUUGGUUAUCGUUGCAUGUCAUUCUCAGGGCGUUCCUGUAAGCAUCAUAUUGCUUGCGAAGCUCAUAGACUUGGGAAUUAUUAAGAAUGCCAAGAUUGGCGUCUGUGCCAUGGCCGGCGUCACUUUGGGACCAUUCCCUGAUUACAAGUCCAGCAUGGGCAUGUUUAUGGGUGCAGCAGCUGAGUUGUGGGAGCUUGCCAACCCAGCAAGUGAAGUAUCCCAGCGAUACGAGACGGCCUUGAAGGAGGUUCUGGAGUACGGAGUCCGAAUUACCUUUAUCGGCAGCAUAGAUGAUCAAUUGGUUCCUAUGGAGUCUGCUGUCUGCUCCCCUGCCGACCACCCAUACAUCUACAGAGCAGUCUUCAUCGACGGUCGUAUUCACGCACCUGACUUCAUUGCGCACCUUGUUGGAUUCGCUUUGAAGCUGAGGAACCUUGGCGUAUCAGACCACGGUCUUAUCCGUGAACUCUCCAUCCCACUAGCGGGAAGCUUGUACGGCGGCGAAGGUCACUCGCGUCUCUACUAUGACGACCAAGUUUACGACCUCGCCGUCUCCCACGCCCUCGAAACGACCGAUGUAGCAGCAAAUACUGCCUGCUGCGUACAUAAACACGGCGCACUCGCCUCUCCUAACCCUUACCUCCUCCCCUGGGUCAUGCGCGGCCUUCUCGAAGAAGACUUCGUCAAGACGGAACUUUCAUCCGAGACCGAGCAGUUGCUUAGACAAUUCGAUGACUGGAAACCCACGACGAAGGCCCUCAAGGACGUAAAGUACAGACUAGAGGCCGUACGGUCAAAGCUAUGA